AUGGGAUCUGAGAAUGGGUUUUACUCUGGAGCAGAAUUUAAUUUGGAACCCAAAUGGUUGGUAGAUCCGAAACUUCUGUUUGUUGGUCCGAAGAUUGGAGAAGGUGCGCAUGCCAAAGUGUACGAGGGAAAAUACAAAAACCAGAAUGUGGCUAUCAAAAUUGUUUACAGAGGUGAUACACCGGAAGAGGUUGCCAAGAGGGAGGCCAGAUUUGCUAGAGAAGUUGCAAUGUUAUCCAAAGUCCAACACAAGAACAUGGUUAAGUUUAUUGGGGCUUGCAAGCAACCUGUCAUGGUCAUUGUAACAGAGCUUCUGCUUGGUGGUACAUUGCGAAAAUUUUUGCUAAACAUGCGCCCAAGGUGCUUAGAUAUGCGAGUUGCAAUUGAGUUUGCGCUUGACAUAGCUCGUGCAAUGGAAUGUUUGCACUCACAUGGAAUAAUACAUCGCGACCUUAAACCCGAAAACUUGCUUUUGACAGCAGACAAUAAAACUGUUAAACUGGCGGAUUUUGGUUUGGCAAGAGAAGAAUCAUUGACAGAGAUGAUGACUGCUGAGACUGGAACCUAUCGCUGGAUGGCUCCAGAACUCUAUAGCACAGUCACCCUUCGGCAUGGAGAGAAGAAGCAUUAUAACCAUAAGGUGGACGCUUACAGUUUUGCAAUUGUGUUGUGGGAGCUCAUACAUAAUAAGUUACCUUUCGAAGGCAUGUCAAAUUUGCAGGCUGCCUAUGCAGCUGCUUUUAAAAAUGUAAGGCCAAAUGCUGAUGAUCUUCCGGAGGAAUUGGGUUCAAUCGUGACUUCAUGCUGGAAGGAGGAUCCAAAUGAGCGCCCCAACUUCAGUCAGAUAAUAAAGAUGCUUUUGCACGCUCUCUCAAGAAUUUCCCCACCCGAACCUGUUGAACCACCCAAGACUUUCACUUCUGAGAAUGUCGUCUUCCCACCAGCAUCUCCAGGUACAAGCUCCUUGAUGGCAGGGAGAGAUGACAAUGGUGACACACCAAUGGAAAACAACUCAAGGGGAUGCUUCUCUUGUUUGGACCAGUGCUUCUAA